GAGAACGGUCUCCGGCCCCCAGAGCAACCCAGAAUAGCGGUCCCGAGGGGAAAGAGGGCGACCUAACCCCGUCCCCGCCGAGCCAGACCGAGGAGGAGGGAGGAGGAGGGGCGGGAGCCCAGAGCCCCCCGGGCCGAGAUGGCCGAGGUGGCGUCGGGGUACAAGGAUGCGGCCACCAGCCGCCACCUGCGCUUCAAGGUGCAGAGCCUGGGGCGCCGCCUGGACGAGUUGGAGGAGGCCACCAAGAACCUGCAGAAGGCGGAGGAGGAGCUGCUGGAGCUGCAGGACAAGGUGACCCAGGCGGAGGGCAGCAACUCGGGCCUGCUGGCCGAGGUGGAGGCCCUGCGCAAGAGGGUGCUGAGGAUCGAGGGCAAGGACGAGGAACUCCAGAGGGCCGAGGGCCUGUGCCAGCUGCUCAAGGCCAAGCUGGAGGAGGAGGAGGGCCAGAGCCGCGGGCUGCGGAGCGAGAUGGAGCGUCUCCAGCGGCGCAUGGCCCAGCUGGAGAAGCUGGAGGAGGCCUUUGGCCGGAGCAAGAACGACUGCACCCAGCUGUGCCUGAGCCUGCACGAGGAGCGCAACCUGACCAAGAAGAUCACCGCGGAGCUGGAGGCCCUGCGCCUCAAAGUCAGGGAGCUGGAGGCCUCGGAGGACCGGCUGGGCCGGACCGAGCGCAGCCUGGCCGCCGAGCUGGACAGGCUCAAGGCCCUGACCCUGGGCUUCGUCAGCGAGCGCCGGCUCUUCAGCGAGAAGGAGAAGGAGAACGCGCGGCGGAUCGAGGAGCUCACCCGGAAGCUGGAGCUGAAGCACAGGAUCGCCUCCGGCCUCCGGGAGAGGGGCGAGCUGAGGAUCGAGGACGGCCUGACGCCCCCGUCCAAGGAGGCCCGGAGGAAGGGCGCCCUGGCCGACUACCUCAAGCAGGUGGAGAACGAGACCAGGAACCAGACGGAGAACGACAAGAACCGCAACCAGGAGGACAACAAGGUCCAGGCCCUGCGCCAGGAGGUGGAGAGGCUGACGGCACAGCUCAAGCGUUACGAGGCCCUGGAGGAGGAGCUGAAGAAGAUGAGGACCAAGAACAACGACCUCCAUGACAGCUUCCUCAGCGAGCAGAACCGCAACAGGCUCCUGGCCGGGCAGUUGGAGGAGAUCAAGCUGCAGGUGCAGAACCGGAGGGAGCUGGAGAACGGGGAGGCGGGCGGCGGCGGCGACGACCCCUUCCCGGCUGGCCGAGGGAGGCCGGAGCGCGCCAAGGGGCGGGGCCCGGCCGCCGAGCCCCCGCCCCCCAGGACCAAGGCCCCGGAGCUGUCCCCGCAGCCCAAGAGGGAGAGGCCUCGCCCCAAGGAGCCGGCCCCGCACGGCGAACAACCCCCUUCGCAAGGCGCCCGCCCCGGCCCCGGCGCCACCGGACGCAGGGCCGCCAAGGGCCCGGACCCUGGGAGGGCCGAGGAGCGGCCGGGUUCGGGGCCAGGGGCGGGCCCCCAUCCGCCCGUUCCGGCCCAGAGCGAAGGGAAGAAGGCCCGAGAGCAGCCGUCCGUACUCAGCCGCUACCCACCGGCCGCCCACGAGCACAGGGCCUGGCGCGGCCCGACCAAGCCGGGGCCCGAGGGUGGCCUCAAGGGGCGGGCGGAGAAGGCCGCGCGGGUAUUCGGCGACCUCGCGCCCGAGGAGAGGCCCGGCAGGAUGGCCGCGGCAGAUGCCCUCCCCAGGGUCGUUCGGGCCACCCGGGUGGAGGCGCUGGGCCCGUCCCCCGAACCCCCGCUGCCUAGGAGCCACGCGGCCCAUCGAGCCGCCCCGGGCCCGGCCCUGGAGCUCGGCGGCAGCAGAGGCGGCUCCCCGGCCCCCGUGACGCCGGCUCCGACUGGAGGGCCGCCCUCCGAAGGCCCGGCGCCCAAGGGCAGGCGGUCCGGCCACGGCCCGGAGUCCGACCCCGGGUCGCUCCCAAACUCCCGGGGCCAGGAGGGCGAGUCCCCGGAAGGGCCCCCUCCCGGGAAGGAGGCAGGAGGGCCAUCCACGGCAACCGGAGCGGACUGCGGGGGCGGCGGCGGCCCGCAUCAGACACUGCGCUGCAGGGUCAGCAGGCCGGGCAGUCGGGAGAAGCCCGAUGCCGAGGAGGACACGGCGCUGCUGGUCACGGCCACGUUGGUGACCACCACGGUCACUCCCGAAUCUGACUCUAAAAAGCCCGGCGCCCGGGCCCCGGGGCGGUCCCGAGGGGCCGCGCGGGCCGCCGCCCUGCCCGACGGCGACCGGGACCCUGAGGCGGAGACCGUGGUGGCCAGGCCCGCCAGGGUUCCCCCCGGCCCUCCAGAGGGUCCCGACGCCCCCGGAAAGGCCCGGAGGCCCUACAGCCCCCGUGAGGCUCUGUGGUCUCGGGGCCACAUACAGCCCGUCAUCGUGGAGAAGGACGUCAAGGAGGUGAUGGGCAGCGGCGCGGCUGACGGGCCGCUCGAGAAGCCGCGGGCCGGGCCAAGGCCCGGGGCCGGCAAGGUGACCAGCAGCAUAACCAUCUACCCGUCCGACGGCGGCGGCGAAGGCCCCCGGGAACGGCACACGUCCACCAGCAACAUCCGCGUGGCCCCGGCUGAGCCGUCCCCCGCCGCCGGCCAGGUCCACACCCCCGUCGAGAUCUCCAUCCACAAGACGGACCUCACGCUGCAGCUGUCCGAGGCCGAGAGGCCCGGAGACGCCUCCCCGCGGCCCAGGCCCGAAACCGUCGUCUCCCGGAGCAGUUUCACCCUCAGGCCUUCCGACUCGGCUCCCGAGGGCGGGGGCGGCCAGCCCCCCGCGGAGACGAUCAGGUGGAAGGGCCACCAGCCGUCCCCAGAAGCCGGCCCGGCGGACGGCGGCCGCCACGUGACCGUCAGGAGCGCCUGGAAGUCCAAGUGGGACGUCGGCUCCCCGGGAACCCAGCGGGCGACCGCGGACGGCUUCGACCUGGAGCGGGCCGGGCCCGAGAGCCCCUGGGAGGCCCUCGAGGUCUCCCCCCGCAGGGCCCACAGCAGCCUCACGGCGUCCGAGCUGCCAUCCGGCCGCCCCGGGCCCUCGGACGGCACCCCUGCGGCUGCCUGGAGCCGCCCGCCAGCACAGGAGGAAGGUGGAGACGGAAUCCCCGGCCCCCGGCGGAGGAGGCACCGCUCUGCGGAGCGGCCGGAGCCCCCCGCCCAGAAGCCGUCCUGCAACAACUCUGAGCCGGCGCCGGAGCCCGUGGCCGGGCGGGGCCAGGAGCGAGCGCGGCCGCCCAGGCGUCGGCCCGAAGACAACUGAGCCGACCGGGGUGAGACGCUCCACUCCGUUCCACGCUCCGGCCCAGCCUCCCUUCCCCCAGGUUCCCCCCCCCCCCAAUCCCGAGCUAGGGCUGCCCGGGGCCGGGGUACGGGGGAGGCUCGGUCGGCCUCCCGUCCGCUGUGCCCCCACAGCCGCUCCGUCCCUAGACCUGGGACGACCUCGACGGGAGGGGCGAGACGUGCCCGGGGGCGGCGGGGGCGCCUGACCGGCGAGGGACUCGCCCAGGCAGCCGUCACUCAGCCGCGAGGGCCAGUUGUCCCGGGGGCCUCCGCCGGGCUGGGCUGCUGGGCGGGGCGCUGGGCUGGCUACGUGCCCUCUCCCGGAUCCUCCCGUCCGCAUAGGUGCCCGGGUGGCGUUUUUGACAGGCUCACGUAGGGAGCCGGGGACCUUGGCUUUUGGCACGGGCACCUCCGCUUCCGCCUUCGAGCCACUCUGUGAGGCGACUUGCGUCCGCCCAUCUCCCCCGUUAGAGCGGAAGCUCCUCGAGCACAGGACUGAUCCUUUCCCUCAUCCCGCGCCCAGUCCGCAGGAGUCCCCCCAGCCAAAUGCCGCUGCGUCAGUGCCACCCCCCCGGCCCUCGGGGGAGGAAUUCCGUGGCCGUUCCCCUCGGACCCGUCUCGCCGCUCCGCUCCCGUCGGGCGCGGCUCGGUGCCCUACCCGCGGCAGUCGCCCCGUAGGGCACCCCGCCCGCUGCCGGUGCCCGGCGCCAAACCGUCGGCGACGAGGGAGACGAAGAUCCGGGCUUUCGGUCGAGCUCGCCGACGGCGGAGACGGGUCGACCCGUGUGCCGGCCCCGAGAGGAGCGGACGGAGAUGAGCGAUGGAGAGGACGAACGCCGCCUCUCCCUCCCAGCCUCCCGGCUCCCCACCCCCACCCCCACCCCCGUCCCGACCCAACGUGGCCGUUGUCUGUCUUGCAGGCCUGUUCCCGCUCUGCUUGGCUCAUCUCCCAGACGCCCCCUCCUCUUCCCCAGCCCCGCUUCCCUCCUGCUCCUGCAGCUGCCGCCCGCUCGGUCCAUCCUCAGCCCGGACCGCCCCAACCCCACCCCGGCUGUCGCCGCCGCCGCGGCCGGACCGAGGGCCGGGCUGCCCUAGUCCCCCACCCCACCCCGCCCGCAUCCUUUGCCGUCGCCCGGAGAGGAGCGGUGACGGGGCUGGGCGUGGCGCCGUUUCCACCAGAUGCGGCCCGGGCCACCCGCCCCCGCCCUCCCGUAUGGCGGGGCCAAAUGCAGGGGGAAAAGGAGGCGGCGGCAUUCUGCGCCCGGGGCGCUGCCUGAGGACCGGAGGAUGAACUCUUAUUCAGGGGUAGGCCUGCCCCUGCCCCUGCCCCCUGCGCUCUCCCGUUCCCUCCCCGGCCGCCCGCAGGCCUUAGGGCACCCCCGGGGAUCCCCCUGGCCGGGAGCUGACACUGGUGCGCAACGCCCCAACCCCCGCCUUCUCGCUCCCCCCUCUUUCCUC